AUGCAUCCGGGACUGUUCGAAAUGAUCGUUCUCCUAAUCCAAGCAUCCGCGCUCACAGCCAGGGAUCUCGAUCGGAAUAAUCGUUCCUCUUUGGAACGGUCCCAUCUGGGCGAUCGGCAGCAAAUCCGACCGAUCCAAGCGGACGUUUCCGAUUUUAUCGCCGUGGAUACCACACCCGGCUUCGAAGAAGUGGUCGCUAGUUUUCUGAUCUACUACGACCGCCUCGGGGCAUACGUCCGCAAUGAGGCCACCAUCACCGUCACAAUGGUAUGGAUUGGCUCGAUUAUUGAGGUGAACUUCAACGUACGUGGCGACCCCAGGACACCCCCGUUCGUCAUUAUCAAUAAUAAAAAAGUAUGUUUUGGGAAAUGUUGGGCUGAUCUGAAACGUGCUGGUGAUUCGUUGAAUGUCACAUUCCGAGACGACAAUUCAACUUUGAUUCACAUCAAUCGAGUUGACCUGACUCGUUUCACAUUCACCUACGAUUCAUGCGAACAACCGCUGCAGAAUGUGCAAUGCAGACUACGAAAAUAUGAUCGGUUGACAGUUUGCAUCUGUAACGAAGGUGUGGACGCUUGCGUCGUCCCAUCGCCUCCGCUGCUGAAUAAGGAAGAAUGUACCGACUACUAUGAAAGCUCAACUUCAUCCACUUCAACGCUGAGGACGUCUACAGCCACAACUAGCAAGGCUACGUCCUCCGGUUCAAUCGAAAAAACUUCUCAGGAUCCACUGUCCACGGGUUCAGCCUGUCCCUGCUUUGCUGGAAUAAUUUUCGGCUUAUUAUGUUAUUUCCUUCUUUCUCGUGUUUAG